UCACAAGUCAUGAGUAAGCCUCCGGGAAACCUGUUCCGUCACGCUUGCUCGCCUGCAACGUUAGCACACACGGGCUUGCUUGCCCUUCUAUUUAUUGAUGCAUUUGCGCAGGCACGAAGCCGUCACUGAAACCAUGAAAUUACUUUUUAUCGCUUGUCUCGAGCCCAAAUCAGGGAACCACACCACAGCUCAGCGAAUCAGGUCUUACAUUGAAUCAGCAGGACACACAUGUGAGCUCAGACAUGUAGAGGAAUUUGAGUCUCCUUCUGAUGUGGCAAACCUGGUUUCACAAAAUCCUCAAAUUGAGGCUGCGCUGGCUAUUCAUCUUUUCAAAGCAGGCAGACUCCUACUAGACAUCCGAGUACCCUUCGGCAUUAUCUUUGGCGGAACAGACCUCAAUGAAGAUGUGAAAGUUGAGACGAGACGUGUGGUUAUGGAAAAAGUUCUACAUAAAGCACGGUUUGCGGUCGCGUUCACGGACAAACUGAAAAAAGAGGCAGAGCUAUAUUUGCAUUCCCAGACUAGCAAAAUCUCUGUCCAGCCGCAAGGUGUUGUGACGCAAGCAGCAGAAGAUUUCAGCUGGUCAGAAUUCUUACGGAAAUCAGGUGUAAGUGGCGGCCAUGUGGAACGGCUCCGUGUCUUCCUGUUGAUCUGCGGCCUCAGAAGAGUCAAGGACCCUCUUUAUUUAGUGGAGACUUUUUCAGACUGGCAUAAUGAGAAUCCCCAGAAUGUGCUUGUUAUAAUUGGUCCAAGGAUCGAUCCUGUGCUCACUGAUGAAGUCGAAGCUGUUGUGAGGAGAACGCCGGGGGUCUUCUUGGCCCGGGAGAGGGGCCAGCCGGAGCUCCACGCUGCCAUGAAAAGGUGCUUUGCCGUGGUCAACAGUUCCAUUUCAGAGGGGAUGUCGGCAGCCAUCCUGGAGGCAAUGGAUCUGGGAGUCCCUGUGGUGGCCAGGGAUAUUCCGGGAAAUAAAGCUGUGGUACAGCACGAGGUCACAGGUCUACUAUACUCUUCCCCUCAGGAAUUUGUACGUCAGUCUCAGAGGCUGUUGUCAGAUCGCGAGCUGAGAGGCCGCGUGAUAAGGAACGGAAAAGCCUACGUGGGGAAGCACCACAGCCUGAAACGGGAGCGGGAAACCUACCAGAGGUUGCUGGACACGCUGCACUGAGGCCACGACGCCUCUCAACUCUUUCGUUUCGUCGGUGUGACAUCACAGUGCCAAGAUUCUUAAACUCUCUUGCGCUGGCCGGAUUUGGGCAAUACAUACUGUAUUUCGUCGGUGGAUAUAUUUGUAAUAAACUGCCAUAUUUGACGACGACACACUUUAAACGUAGUAAAAUAUAUAUAUAAUUUUUUUUUAUUGGCGUUUGGAUCCAAAAGGGACUGAUGCAAAAACAAAAAAAAAACAGCAAAAUGUUCAUUUGCUACAGUAUUGUAUUUUAUACAUUUGAAAGUCUACUAUUUAUUUUUUUAAAUGAAAUAAAGUCAAAUCUUGGUGUACUGCGUUGUCAG